AUGUCCGUCACCGUUGAACUACCCACAUUCCAGUCUCUUGGGCGCGAGAGCCCGGCCUCAGAAGGCCUGCCCUACUGGUGGCUGACUAGUGGACGCGAUCUUGCUCGCAUGCUCCAAGAGGCACAGUACCCUGAAGAUACACAGCGCCAGUUCCUCCUCUUUUUCAGAGACACGAUCUGCCCCCAGCUCGGAGGCCGCCCUGAAGCUGAUUCACUCCGCAGUGGCGUCGGCUGGGAUGGCAACCCCUUCGAAUACAGUUUUGAACUCAAGAGCUCUGGCAAGGAGCAAGCAGUUCGGUUUGUCGUAGACGUCAGCCCACUACGACCCGCCGAUGAUGCCAACCCCCUCAGCAUCAAGAAUUUUGAGAUUGUCCUUGACGCAUUAGCGAAGAAGACUCCAGGAUUCGACGACACCUGGUACGCAUCCCUGCGGAAGUGGUUCGUGCAUUCCGAUCGCUCGACCGAGGAACAGAAGAGUCUUGUCGCACAGGCAGGGUACCAGAUGCCCAUGAUCCUCGGGUUUGACAUUCGCCGACGUCUCCCCAGCCCAGAUGCCAUCCCGGUCAUGGCGAAGGUCUAUUUCCCACCCUGUUUCACGGCGGUGGCGGAAGGAAUUACACGAUGGGAGGCCGUGCGACGUGGCGUGUAUCAACUGCCAAACAUCGAAUCCCAUCCCAACAUCCUUCGCUCUCUGGAGCUCAUUCAACAAUACCUGGACAGCAAGCCGAAAGAGUAUGAAAACGGUCCGCGCUAUCUGGCGACCGACUUUGUCACCACCGACCAGGCGCGUCUGAAGAUCUACAUGCGACAUCCCGCCGAAUCAUUCGAGGAUAUCUGGGAUUACUAUACCCUCGGGGGAAGGAUCCCAGGCUUAGAUGAGGAUAAGGAGAAAUUCCGCGAGCUCAUGUCGCUCACCGCCUAUAAUCCAGACCCUACGCCGGCACAGGACGGUGGCCAACCACACUAUACCGCGGUGCAGAGAAAAAUGACGGCGAUUUACUUCUCCCUCUCCACGGAUAACCCAACGCCCGCGCCGAAGAUCUGCUUCUACCCUGCGAACUUUGCAGCCAAUGAUGAGGUCAUAGGUGCAGGUGUGGAUCAGUGGUUGCAAAAAUAUGGAUGGGAUGACGGAAGUAAGCCGAUGAAGGAGAAAGUCCGCAGUGUCUUGUAA